UUAGUGUUAAAAUGAUGAAGCAUGCGUUACUUUUGAACACGCUGCAAGCUGUGGAGAUGCUGGAGACGGCCUUCAAAGAGACGCUUCGAACUAUCGAUGAUAUAAAAGUUCGCCAUUGGACUGUCUCCGCUCGAAAGAAAGUAGCUGAAAAACGUCAACGACUUUUCGAGUCGGAAAUAGAGGCAGCCAUUACAGAGCCCACAUUGCAUACGAAAAACGCAGACUUCUCAAUGAAGCGCAAGAAAUGCUUGAAGAAACGCUUGAGGAAUCGCAACAUACAUAAAUCUGUAAAGACAAAUCAAAAGUCUGGCGAGAAGCCAGACCGAAACGUUAUGUGCCUGCAAACCAACUGUUUCUACGAGUUCGACGAAGCCGAACCGAAUCCUAAGAUUUAUUCAGUCAAGACUCGCAUCUAUCAAGUGGAUUCUGAAGAAGAAUUGGAAACUACUUCAAGACUUAACUCACAGGAUUUGGAGCAAACAGAUUCAAGGAUGGGCUCCUCUUGCAGACACCCCUGAUUGCCAAACAUAUUUUAAAAAUGUUUCAUUCUGUAUAAAUAAUGUUGAUUAUCCGUAAAAAUAGGAACGAGUUCGCUUACAUGUAUUUUUUCUGGCAAAUGCAAUUCUUUAGCAAUUUUCAAUAGCAAUAGAAAUAGCAUCGAUUACAAAUACAACAAUGUUCUCCGUGCCUCAUCCUCAGUAUUACUAUCCACCUCCCGAGUUGAACAAAGGGAAAAAGCGAAAACCGUUUCCUUAUUUACGAGACGCAUUUUGUAUGGCAACUUAAACGCUAAUGGCAUAAACAUCCGAAACGUGAGCGAAAUGUUUAAA